ACGUGAAAAGGGCAGCUAUGCUUAUCUCGCCCCACCCUACCCUAAGAUUCGCCGCCCCAUGCAAUUGGUGCAGUUCUUUGGCCCUCGGCGUGCAGCCAUCUUGUGUUUCCCUCAUAUAUUUGAAAUACAAAUGCGCAAACUCAAGAAUGACCCCCGUCCCCCGGAACCGGACGGCAGAUCUGAUCCAACGAUUGACAUAAGGUUUAUUGGCUCAAGAUUUCAUUCACAUUUUCACGAAAUAGGUAGUUUUUUAUAGCGUUAGGUCUAGCAAACAAGCUGUCUUCCAACGAGAAAAGUUUUAAACAUCUAAAACUUUCAAACAUGGAAGAAGAAAUGCUACAAAUCCUCCAGGAUGUCGGGUACACGGGACCGUUACUUAACUAUCAGAAAUUUUGUGAAGCCGUUGAAGUCGGACCAAAAUCUGUGGAAUUCACAGGUCUUGUAGCAUGGGUAGCGGAACAAAUAUCAUUUCUUAGCAAACUCGAUGAAAGUGUUCAUUCCACCACAUCACAAGAAGAUGCUAGUUCAUUUCUCUUAGAAUUAAGCUCAUUCCUCAAAGAACUAGGAUGCGUCAAUCAAGAGUUGAUGACGGGCAACGUCAAUCAACGACUAGCAAAUAAAGAACAAAGACUGUACCUUUUGGAUUAUCUCUUAACCGAACUUAUGACUAGCGCAAUUUUGGAAUCCAAGAAACCUGCUGAUGAAAAAAUGGAAGUUACUAUCGACGAAACUUCUACUGCUAGAAAUUUGAAGCAAGUGCUGGUGAUGCUUAGAUUUCAGAAGCCACCUGAUAAUAUUCCAGCGGAUGUGCUCUUUAAGAAAGUAGAGGCAAAACUAAGAGAAAUAAUAGGCCAGGUGUCUCAAGAACUCUUGAGCAAGCCGAUGUUCGUCGGCAAAUUGUCAAGUAACCAGUGGGAAAAAUUGAGACAAUUGCAGGGAGAAUUACAGUCCGAGUAUAAAAUUCGACGAGAAAUGCUGCUGAAACGACUGGACGUGACGGUUCAGUCUUUUUUGUGGUCGGAUAGAUUAAAAAGCAAGGAAAAGGAGGUGAUGUCCUGUUAUAAGAGUAAGAGAGAUGGUAUGAUAAGUGAACCAGACGUUUCGAUUGCUCAAUUACUCGCAGCGCGAGAGGAUUUGGCAAUUUUGGAGAAAACAAGCAACGCGUCUGUUCGCAAAAAUACUCGCAGUCAAGUCAACAGUGUACUGAUAGGCGCAGUUCCUGAUCGUGGUGGACGGCCUUAUGAACAGGAACCCCCUCCUCCAGAAAUGCCUCCCUGGCAAAAGGAUCGCGCGGGAGGUCAAGGAGGAUUUGGGGGUGGUAGAGGGGGCGCAAAUCAAAUGCGAGGCGGUGGCAGAGGUGGUGGAAGCUUUAAUAGCGGAGGCGGCGGAAACUUCAAUACUGGAGGCGGUGGAAACUUCAAUAGUGGAGGCGGUGGAAAAUUUAGUAGUGGAGGCGGUGGAAACUUCAGUAGUGGGGGCGCUGGUUCCAGAGUCGGAGGUGGUGGUUAUGGAAACAGAGGUGGAGGAGGCUAUGGAGGCGGCGGUGGUUACGGAGGAGGCUAUGGGGGUGGAUAUCGCGAUAACAAAGACGCGACAAAUAAUUUUGGCCAGAAUCGACCUGGUGGUCAGUACAAUCAAAAGCCCAGAGCCGAAGACUACUUUCAAUCUUCAGCACAGUCAGCUCAGCAAUCUAACGCCUAUGAAAAGCGAGGACCUUACGUUGAAAAUCGAAGAGACGAAGCAAAAAGGGGCAGAGUUCAAGGGGGGUGGAAUCAAGGCGAUUCUAAUUAUCAAAGUGGAAGCUACAGUCGUGGAAGAGGGAGAAAUUACUAAAAAAUAUCUCAGUGAAAACGUAUGCUUACUUUUUUUUCCUGUCGCGUAAAAGUAUUGUCGGUUUGUCUGCAUGAUUCUAGAUUAAGUUAGAGGAUCCCAUCACGAAGAUCAAUAAUAAUAAAUUUUUUUCUAAAGAAAACCAUAGUGAUUGAUAAUAUUAUAAAUUAUUAACGAAUUGUAAUACAUUAAUAAACAAAUACGUAUUCCAGUAUGGUAUGGUUAGUCCAAUCAUUUUGGUCAAAUAUCGUAAUAAAGAUCUUUUUUCUGCGAAAAUUAUUUAUUUAACAUUACUGAAAAGGCUUUGAUUUAUAUUAAUAAGAUCAGAUCAAAUUAAUGAAAGUGAAAAAGCGAAUU